GUUCGAGACGGUCUGUCAGCGCGGAGCUUAGGUGUUCUGACCUGCGCAGUUGCGCAUCGUGCAAACGGCUUGGCUUCACCUCUCUCCAACUUCACGACGACACCAUUGUGACAAAGUACCUUCGAACCCGGUAACAGGUCACCUUCUGAUCCUGAUGAUGGAAGCAACACCGACGCCCGGCUCUUUGAGCUGGCGCUUGAGCUCGCAUCCUAUUACGCUCCUGACAUUCCUCGCUUUUCGAUCAUCCAGUCUCCUUGUCUACCUUUUUGGCCUCUUAUUUACCGACAACCUGUAAGGCGACCCCGUCAGCCCCCUUAAACCACACCAUAUCAGAUGCUCGACUUGCCCACUUGCUCGUCUAUACAGUCGCAAGCGAACGCGAACCCGAGAGUGUUCCCAGCCUUCCACAGCUUUCAUCCAUCAGAAGAAAUCAAGGGAUUAGAUUGCUAACCACCCCCCCAACCGACCGGCAGUGUCAUGAUCUUCAUCAUAACCAUCCUUCUCCUCGCCGGCGACUUUUACUACCUCAAGAACAUUGCUGGCCGCCGACUCGUGGGCCUGCGUUGGUGGAACGAGGUCGAUCCUAACUCGGGCGACUCGCACUGGGUGUUUGAAAGCAGCGAGCCGGGGACCAAGAUCAUCAACGCGACCGACAGCCGCUUCUUUUGGCUGGCAAUCUAUGCGCAGCCGCUGCUGUGGGUUGUGCUGGCUAUUGUGGCCUUGUUCAGUUUGAAGUUUAUUUGGUUGCCUCUUGUUGCUAUUGCGUUGGUUCUUACCAUCACCAACUCGCUUGCCUUCUCCAGGUGCGACAAGUUCAGCCAGGCUUCCAACAUUGCUGGAACCGCGUUCAGCUCGGGCAACAUCGCUGGUAACAUUGCGAGCAACAUGGUUGGCAGGUUCUUCUCGAGGUAGAGAGCAAGCAGGACGAGAUUCCCCGAGGUCAGGGAAAAAGUUGUGGCUUUGGAUUAGUAUCCGAAGGGACUGUUCUCGUCAGAUAUCGAUAGAGAAUUCAGCCCCGAAGAUACUUGAUGGCCAUCUUAGGAUUCUCAUGUUUUCAUGAUGUGCAUUAUGGGUCGGGCUCGAAAUUGGUGACAGUAUAAGGAACUUUUGCACGACAAAUUGCCGAUGGUUACCUUCUAGAUUCAUUGCCAGCAAAAAUAGUAUCUGAGCAAGACAAGAUGUGUGAAUUUCAGGGUCCGUU